CUGAACUAUCCUCAAAGCUCCCCAGUUGCUCAGCGGUGAGCCUGAAAGCUUAUAACUCUAAAAACCAUGUUUGUGACAGUAGGUGUCACUUUUUUAAGUCACAUGCUAAAAGUUAAAAAAUAUUACUGCUAACUUAAGACGAAGAGUAAUAACAUUAAAAGUUUAGAACUAAAGAUGAAUAAGAUGGCAUCUACAAAAGAAAUUAAAGAGUUUAAAGAAAAUGGUUACUUUAUUUUGCAUAAUUUUCUAACUGAAGAUGAGGUUGAAUCCAUGAAAGAGGAAUGUAAGAAUCUUGUGGAAAAAAUGAACCCAGUUGAACACUACAGCUCAUUCCAUAUAGAAGAUCAUGAACAUUCAGAAAGGGAUGAAUAUUUCCUUACUUCAAGCGACAAAGUAAGAUUUUUUUUUGAAGAUGGUGCUUUUAACAAUAGAGGUGAACUAGUAAUGCCAAAACAUAGGAGUCUAAACAAAAUUGGACACGCUCUUCAUUGGUUGUGUCCAGCAUUCAAGAAAGUUACUUUUAGCCAAAAAGUCAAGGAUCUGAUUUCUAGUCUUGGAUAUGAGGAUCCAGCUGUUGUACAAAGCCUGUACAUCUUUAAGCAUCCGGAAGUGGGUGGUAUGGUAAAAGCUCACCAAGAUUCAACAUUUCUCCACACUGAUCCUCCAUCGGUUCUUGGUUUAUGGUUUCCUCUGGAGGAAGUGACAUUGGAUAAUGGCUGUUUAAAGUUUGUUCCUGGAUCACAUAAAGGACCUUUGUACGAACGUUUAAAACGAAAUCCUAAAAAUGAAGGCCCUUCACUUAUCAUGGAAGGACAGAAAAUAGAAUUUGAAGAAAGUCAGUAUGUACCUUGCCCUGUUCCAAAAGGAUCUUGUGUAGUGAUUCAUGGCUUAGUGGUGCACAAAAGUGAAAAAAAUCUGUCUUCUAAGCCUCGUCCAGUAUAUACAUUUCAUGUUGUGGAGCAGAAGAAUACUGUAUACAGCCCAGAAAACUGGCUUCAGCCAACUCCAGAAUAUUCUUUCCCCUCCUUCAACAGCUUAGCUUAAACAGGCUCUUACAUCAUUCCUCAGGGUCAUAAAGCACAGUAAUGUACUUUACCUUGGGUAUGAUUGCUACUUAAUUAACUAGAUGGAGAUUUAAACAACUUGCCAUUGAAAUCCUGAAGAGGCACAUUAGAAAUGUUGAGUAGAACAUGUAUAAGUACAUGUACGCAUUAAUGCCUUUAAUUCUUACAAUAUUCAGUGAUGUGCUCAAAUUGA